AGAAAGAAAAAGGGUAAAAGCAAAGGAAAUAGGAUUCGCCACCUCGCUUAACAAAUUUCGACAGCCAUUUUUCUCCCUUAGCGAGAGUCUCGAAAUUUAUCAAAAGGAGUAUCGGAGAAAGGAAGUGGAGCUUGAAGCAAUGAGUUAUAGAAGGGAUCACCGUUCGUCAAAAUCAGCUCUAUCCGAUGGCUUUGAUAAGCUGGAAGAAGGUGGUCUCAGGUCCUCUUCAUCUUUCUCACACGAAAUUAAGGAUCAUGACAAUGACAAAGCUAUAGACAGCUUGCAGGACAGAGUUGCUUUUCUGAAAAGAUUGACAGGUGAUAUACAUGACGAGGUGGAGAGCCAUAAUCGUUUGCUCGACCGAAUGGGCAACGGCAUGGAUGCUACAAGGGGUGUAAUGUCAGGCACUAUGGAUCGGUUCAAGAAGGUGUUUGAGAAGAAGUCCAACCGGAGAAUGUGUACACUGGUGGGGGGCUUUGUGGUUUCCUUCUUAAUUGUAUACUAUCUAAUUAGGAUGCUUAGAUAUGUUCGUGGUUGAAGAAACCACAAUUUCAUGAAGUUGGUCCAUCGACAGAUUUGAAUGUCAAGUCGAGGUAUGAAAGUCCUGUUUUUUUAAUCUUGAGAAUCUGGUACUGCCUGCCAUUUGCUGACAUGGUUGCUCAUCAUAAGAAGAAAUUCCAGACGGCAGUUCGACCAAUUGAAGACGGGCCACAUUUUGAAUGUUGUAAUGUUGGUUUCAGCAUAUAAUUGUUUGACCAAAGAGGCCAAAAAAAAAAAAAAGAGGUGAAAGGAACGGAGAAAAAACAAAGAAAGGAUUGGAAUCUAGAAAUAGUGAAUUGUAGUAACUUGUAAGAACAUGCUGAUGAUGUUACAUCGACCCAUUUGUCGAGAUGGUUUCUUGCAAAUUGCAUGAAAAAUUUUCCUUCUACAUUCUACUUGUUCAACCAGUUCUUGUUGACAAUAACACAUCGAAGCCUGUUUGCUGACGAUUUCUUGCAGAAUAAUGAAUGCAGUUGUAUACACUUUUAUUUUGAAUGGGAGAUUUUAUUCCAUA